CAUGGUCAUACUUCAUAGAGUAAAAACUACCCCUGUAUCUGCUUCACGUGGACUCAUUCUAUUACUUCUCUGAGAGAACCAAGACAAAAUCUCACUGGGUUUUAGACAUCGCCAUUAAAGUUCCUUGUCUAAGAUUCAACACCGGAUAUCAUCAUCUUCAUAUCUUUAAUUCAAAUCCAACCAUUAGAUUCCCUCUCUUCAUUUACUGCGUUUUAAAUUUGUGGGUGCUUAUGUUCGACUCUUGUAUCCUCUGCUCAUGGAUUCUGAUACAAGUUCCAUUAUAGCUUUUCAAAACCAAAACAACAACAAUUACAGCGACGAUAACCAUGAAGUUAGAAGGCAAGAUAUAGAAUCUGCCAUUGCAAAAUCUGUGGAGUUGAGAGCUCUUCAUGCUGCGCUGGUUCAAAACAGUCCUGCCAGUCUCAAAUUUGCAUCUUCCUCCCCUGCUUCGUGUCCUCUCUCGCAGUUCUCUGCUCAGGAUUACCCUGUUUUCACCCCUACUUAUGAGGAUGAAACAUUACAAGUGUACCAACACACUCCAAUGAAAAGCCGAACAAUAUCCGAGAGUUGGGACGAGCAUGGAGGUUUAGAAGGAGGAAGUGACAUUGAAACUGCUGUGCAAGAUUAUAUGAAGGACAACUCAGCUUCAAGAAUAGGAUUGAGUGCUGGGUUGUCCACCUCAGAGUUUCAUAUAUGUCCAGCCGAGGAGCACAAAUCAGUCCCUUCUUCGUCUAUAAACAACAUUACUGUUCUUCACACAUCUCCUGGAACAGAAUUCUACAAUCCAAGUAGGAGAGAUAGCUUUGAGGAAUUCAAAUCCGUGUCGUCUUGUAAUAGGUGUAAACCUGCAAUUAUCGCUACUGAAUCCGAGUUUGUCAGCAAGACCAGAAAGAAUUCUAAUAUUGUUGUACCAUUGACAGAUUCUCACUCAUCAGUUCAACCACAGCCAAAAAAUCGUCGGGUGAUUUCGUGGUUAUUCCCAAAGCUAAGGAGGAAGUACAAGAAUGAGAGUUCCCCUAACCGGACAGAAUCCCAGGAAGUUUCACAAGUACUUUUUAAGGACUCAGGGAUAUUGUCAAUUGAAGCACUGAAAAGAGAACUAAUUGAAGCAAAUGAGCACAAAGAAGCAGCCUUACUAGAGGUAUCUGAGAUGAAAUCUUCAUUGAGUGAGCUGAAACGGAAGCUGGAGUACUUGGAAAAUUACUGUGAAGAGCUGAAGAGAGCAUUAAAGCAAGCAAUGCACGCAAAGGAGUCUCAAAACCUCGCGAAUUUUCAGAGAAGAGGCAAACCCAUUGAUGGGAAUGGAGACAAUUCGAUGCCGGUGAGUGAGGAAGUAAUGGUGGAGGGUUUCUUGCAGAUAGUAUCAGAAGCAAGACUAUCAGUAAAACAGUUCUGCAAAAUCCUUCUAAGCCAAAUCGACGAAACUGAUGGUAGUCUCGUUGACAAUUUGAAUUCACUUCUUCAACCGUUUAAAUUGUCAUUGAACUCGAAGUACUCAAAGACGGUACUAUACCAUUUCGAAGCUAUAAUAAACCAAGCACUCUACCAAGAUUUCGAGAAUUCUGUAUUCGAAAAGAACGGCUCCCCAAAGCACUUAGACCCCCAACAGGCUCGCCAAGCGCAAUUUUCAUCAUUCGUCGCAUUGAGAGACUUGGGCUGGAAUGAAGUGUUGAGGAAGGGAACCAAGUGCUACAGUGAAGAGUUUAGUAAGUUUUGUGAUCAAAGAAUGAAUUUCAUUGUUACAACUAUGAAUUGGACUAGACCUUGGCCUGAACAGCUGCUUCAAGCAUUCUUUGUGUCUGCAAAAUGUAUUUGGUUGCUUCAUUUACUUGCCUUUUCGUUCAAUCCCGCGCUGGGAAUAUUAAGAGUUGAAGAUGGCAGAAGCUUUGAUCCACAUUUCAUGGAAGACAUGUUCAUGGAUAAGCAGAGGUCUUAUGGUCCGAGCCGGGUUAAGAUUAUGGUUAUGCCAGGGUUUUAUGUUCAAGAUAGGGUUUUGAGGUGCAAGGUUCUUUGCAGGUACAAGUCAGUAGCUUAAAUGAAUCUAACUGUAUGUCGAUGAAUCUUACUGUGUACUAGUUUCUCAUACAUCCUCUCUUCCUCAUCUCUCUCUUCCAUUUUUCUUCUCCUCUCUAAAAACCCAGAAACUCAAAAACCUUCAUAUGUAUUCCUCAUUAAGAUUCAUCAACAUGCAUAGAUAACUUGUUUCUUUUAAUCUUUUCUGGACUUUCCAAAGCUAAAACAAGGGAGAUUCCUCAAUCA